UCAGAUACGGAUCAAUCUCUUUCUUUCUUCACCAUCACCACCUCUCCCAAAUCUCUUUCUCUUUACCGCUCUCUCAACUUGAACAAAGUUGAAAGGAGAAAGUAGACCAAUAAUGGCGACAAAGGGCGAGAUUCCCAAUGCGGCGGGCACGGGGCCGUCGAAGCGACCCCAGCUCGAGCAGAAGCUGACCGACUCUCACGUCCCCUCGCUUGCACCGGACAAUGCCUGCGACGAGCCUGCGCCCGAGGCGCCCGGCGGCGCGGGCAAGGACGCCAUCGCAAAGGAUGCAAGCACGGGAAAGGACUAUGACAAGGUUUACGGUGUCCGGCCCAAGACCACAUGGCAGCUCAAGCCUCACCGAGAGUUCACUCUCUGGGAGUUUAUUUGCUCGCUCGAUAUUGGUCCCGAGUCGGCCUACCAGCGUCGCGAUGCAAAGGCGCCCAUGCGCGGCCCGCCACCGGUGCGGCCCAUGAUCGAGGAGAACUUCUUCAUUCUUCGGACGGCCGCCAUCCCCCUCGUUCUUCACUGGACUUGGAACCACUUCUUCCCUGAGCACAAGAUGCACUUUGCGCCCGCCUGGAUGAUGUACCACCUCUUGUUCAUCAGCUUCGCCAAGCAGAUGAUUGGCCGGCUGCACAAGUUCAUGGCCGAGUACGGCAUGUUCGACGAGCAGAACCGUGGACGAGACAUGGUCGAUGACCGCCACGUCAACCACCUCGGUCGUUCCAUCUUCAUCUACACCAUCUUCCGCACUCUCGGCCCCUUCUUCCUGGCAUGGCGCGGCGACAUGACGAACCCCUUCGACGGACUGAGCUGGUACACGCCCCUCAAGCUGGCUUGGUGGGAGGUCGCGCUCGACUACUGGUUCUACCUCUACCACCGGUCGUGCCACGAGUUUGACUCGCUCUGGUUCAUCCACCGUCAGCACCACGCCACCAAGCACCCAACUCCGAUCCUGUCCAUCCUGGCAGACGACUACCAAGAGGUGCUCGAGAUCUUCAUCAUUCCCUUCCUCGCCACCGCCAUCUCGCCCAAGAUGUGCUUUGCCGAGCUCCACCUCGUCAUCUGCUACACUCUUUACGUCGAGGCCCUCGGCCACUCGGGCAUCCGUGCUGUCUGGCCUCACCCCAUCCUCGGCCUCGUUCUGCGGCCACUCGGCAUGGAGCUCGCCGUUGAGGACCACGACCUGCACCACCGAUUCGGAAAGAGUGGAAAGAACUACGGCAAGCAGACGAGGAUCUUUGACCGCAUCUUUGGCACCAUCAGCGAGCGCAUCGAGACGCCGCUGACUGGCUACUCUUCGUAAAGAAGAAGGCGUUCUUCUCCCUUUCUUUCUCCCACAUCCUCUCCAUCUCCCUGCUCCCCCUUCUCUCUGCUGUUUUCUUUGCUCUUCCUCUGCUCCGUCUUUCUGUCUGCCUGCGCUGCGUUGCUAAAGACCGCUUGAAUGCACUGACUGAAUACACUAUCAAUGUACUCACUCGC